UCCGGGUGCCGCCGCGGCGUCAGAGACACUGCGCGCGGCGGGCGCGGCGGGGCCGCAUCUGCAUCGGUCUCCGCCGCCGCUGCGGGGCCGCGAACAAAGAGGAGGAGCCGAGGCGCGAGAGCAAAGUCUGAAAUGGAUGUUACAUGAAUCCCUUUAAGGGAUGCACACAACUAUGAACAUUUCUGAAGCCUUUUCUCAGUAAACUAGAUAAAGAUGGAUGAAUCUGCCUUGUUGGAUCUUCUGGAGUGUCCUGUGUGUCUAGAGCGGCUCGACGCUUCUGCAAAGGUCUUGCCUUGCCAGCACACGUUUUGCAAACGAUGUUUGCUGGGGAUUGUAGGUUCCCGAAAUGAACUCAGAUGCCCCGAGUGCAGGACUCUGGUUGGCUCGGGCGUCGAGGAGCUUCCGAGUAACAUCCUGCUGGUCAGACUUCUGGACGGCAUCAAGCAGAGGCCUUGGAAACCUGGCCCUGGAGGGGGCAGUGGGACGAACUGCACAAACGCAUUAAGGGCUCAGAGCAGCACUGUGGCUAAUUGUAGCUCAAAAGAUUUGCAGAGCUCCCAGGGCGGACAGCAGCCGCGGGUGCAAGCCUGGAGCCCCCCGGUGAGGGGUAUACCUCAGUUACCUUGUGCCAAAGCGUUAUACAACUACGAAGGGAAAGAGCCUGGAGACCUUAAAUUCAGCAAAGGUGACAUCAUCAUUUUGCGGCGACAAGUGGAUGAAAAUUGGUACCAUGGGGAAGUCAAUGGGAUCCAUGGCUUUUUCCCCACCAACUUUGUGCAGAUUAUCAAACCGUUACCUCAGCCCCCACCUCAGUGCAAAGCACUUUAUGACUUUGAAGUGAAAGACAAGGAAGCAGACAAAGAUUGCCUUCCAUUUGCAAAGGAUGAUGUUCUGACUGUGAUCCGCAGAGUGGAUGAAAACUGGGCUGAAGGCAUGCUGGCGGACAAAAUAGGAAUAUUUCCAAUUUCAUAUGUUGAGUUUAACUCGGCAGCAAAGCAGCUGAUAGAAUGGGAUAAGCCUCCUGGGGCAGGUGUUGAUGCUGGAGAAUGUACCUCGGCAGCAGCCCAGAGCAGCAAUGCCCCAAAGCACUCUGACACCAAGAAGAACACCAAAAAGCGGCACUCCUUUACUUCCCUCACCAUGGCCAGCAAAUCCUCCCAGGCAUCCCAGAACCGCCACUCCAUGGAGAUCAGCCCUCCUGUCCUCAUCAGCUCCAGUAACCCCACGGCUGCUGCGCGCAUCAGCGAGCUAUCUGGGCUUUCCUGCAGUGCCCCGUCUCAGGUUCAUAUAAGUACCACCGGGUUAAUUGUGACCCCACCCCCAAGCAGCCCAGUGACAACUGGUCCCUCGUUCACUUUCCCAUCAGAUGUUCCCUACCCAGCUGCCCUUGGAACUAUGAAUCCUCCUCUUCCCCCACCCCCUCUACUGGCCUCCACACCACCAGGCGCUGCUGCUGCUGCUGCUGCUGCUGCUGCUGCUGCUGCUGCUGCAAUGGGACCGAGACCCACAGUGGGACCCUCUGACCAGAUUGCACAUUUACGGCCUCAGACUCGCCCCAGUGUGUAUGUUGCUAUAUAUCCAUACACUCCCCGGAAAGAGGAUGAGCUGGAACUGAGGAAAGGGGAGAUGUUUUUAGUGUUUGAACGUUGCCAAGAUGGCUGGUUCAAAGGGACAUCGAUGCAUACCAGCAAGAUAGGGGUUUUCCCUGGCAAUUAUGUGGCACCAGUCACAAGGGCCGUGACAAAUGCUUCCCAAGCUAAAGUCCCUAUGUCUACUGCGGGUCAGACCAGUCGAGGGGUGACUAUGGUCACUCCUUCCACGGCAGGAGGGCCUGCCCAGAAGCUCCAGGGAAAUGGUAUGGCUGGGAGUCCCAGUGUUGUCCCCACAGCCGUGGUGUCAGCCGCUCAUAUCCAGACAAGUCCUCAGGCGAAGGUCUUGUUGCACAUGACUGGGCAGAUGACAGUCAACCAGGCCCGUAAUGCUGUGAGGACAGUUGCGGCACAUAACCAAGAACGCCCUACAGCAGCAGUGACGCCCAUCCAGGUACAGAACACUGCCUGCCUGGACCCUGCAUCCAUGGGCCUGCCCCAUCAUCCCUUGGCCUCCACACAACUUCCACCUCCAAUGGCAGGCCCUGGCACCCACGUGGCUACUGUCAAUAUGGGUCGAGUCAGUGCUCCCCUGGCUUGUGCUGCAGCUGCUUCACUGACCUCUCCAAGCAUCACCACCGCCUCACUGGAGACUGAACCCAGUGGUCGGACAGUGACCAUUCUUCCUGGACUUCCCACCUCUCCUGACAGCGCAUCAUUGGCCUGUGGGAACAGUUCAGCAACCAAGCCAGAUAAAGAUAGUAAAAAAGAAAAAAAGGGUUUGUUGAAGUUGCUUUCUGGGGCCUCCACUAAACGUAAGCCACGAGCAUCUCCUCCAGCCUCACCCACCCUGGAAGUGGAGCUGGGUGGCGGGGAGUUGCCUCUGCAGGGAGCAGUGGGGCCUGAGCUGCCGUUAGGGGGCGCCCACGGCAGGCCCGGCUCCUGCCCCGCGGAUGGGGACGGUCCGGUCGCGUCUGUGGCCGCGGCUGCUGCUGUGGCCCAGGAUGCUCUUCAUCGGAAGACUAGCUCCCUGGACUCGGCUGUUCCCAUCGCUCCACCUCCUCGUCAGCCAUGUUCGUCCCUGGGCCCUGUCAUGAAUGAGUCUAGGCCUGUGGUUUGUGAGAGGCACAGGGUGGUAGUUUCCUAUCCUCCUCAGAGUGAGGCAGAACUUGAACUUAAAGAAGGAGAUAUUGUGUUUGUUCAUAAAAAGCGAGAAGAUGGCUGGUUCAAAGGCACGUUACAGCGUAAUGGGAAAACUGGCCUUUUCCCAGGAAGCUUUGUGGAAAAUAUCUGAGGAGACUAACAUUGAGAAGCUUGAAGUCACAUCACACAACAAAAGAGCACAAAGCAAUUUAAUGGAAAGACCACAUUUUGGACUUCCAGAUGGUCAGGAGAUGAGCAGAGGAUGGGUGUGUGACCCCAGUGCCCUCAGCACAGCUCGGCCGACAGCGUGAAGAAGGCGUGUGUGGGGGUCUUGUCAUUCUGGGUUCUGAUAUGUAAGGUGUGCCUUGUACUGUCUGAUUUGCUAUACAGAGAAACCUUCUUUUUAAAAAGAUAUAUAGCUAAAUGGA